GCAAAUGCAAGGAAAGUCCUGCUCAGUCCCUGUAGCCCUGGGCAUUCAGUGCAUGCUGCUGAAUGUGUGCAAACUGAGAUUUUUCAGAGGUUUAUAACUUAGCCAGAUUUAGGCAGAUUUUCACAGGGAGGGCAAAAGGCACAACCCCAACACCAGUGUGAAUCUAUUGCAAAUAUCAAGUCCUUGCACCAAAGCAUGAAAGUGCUAGCCCAUCCAGGAGAAAAGGAUGUUUAGUAGUCAUGAUGGCAGUGGCAGAGAACACCACGGAGACGACCGUCCCAGACGUGGGGAAGACGGUGGUGACUGUAACAGAGGCAACCAUCACAGAGGUGACGGGAGAGACGGUGGCACCCGUCACAGAGAUGACCGUCCCAUACAUGCCAGGGAAGAUGGUGAUGCCUGUCACAAAGGCGACCAUUCCAGACACACCAGGGAAGACAGUGGCACCCAUCACGGAGGCAACCGUCAUGGAGGCGGCAGGGGAGACGACGGCACCCAUCACGGAGGUGACCGUCCCAGACAAGAUGGGGAAGACAGUGGCGCCCGUCACAAAGGCGAACGUCUCAGACAUGCCAGGGAAGAUGGUGGCACCUGUCACAGAGGCAACCAUCAUGGAGGUGACGGGAGAAACGGUGGCACCCGUCACAGAGACGACCGUCCCAUACAUGCCAGGGAAGAUGGUGACGCCUGUCAUGGAGGCAACCAUCACGGAGGUGACGGGAGAGACGGUGGCGACCGUCCCAGACAAGCUAGGGAAGACAGUGGCGCCCAUCACAAAGGCAACCGUCCCAGUCAUGACAACGAUGACCAUAGUGCUUGGACAUAAAAAAAUCUCAACUUCAGGGCUGCCAUUAGUAAAAAGCUUCUCAAGUUCUACAGUGAAAAUAAGUAGAGAAUCAACUUUCUUUUUCAAGUCUACUGCUAAACAACUAACUUCGGAGGACAAGAAGUUAGUCAGAUCAAACCCUACCAACCUGACUUUUGGGCCAGAGAAAGAACAGCAAUCAUCUGCACUAGCAUUAGGACUCGGCAUUUUCUUUGGGAUACUCCUUAUUGUCACCAUUAUUUGUGUAUGCUGUAUAUGGAAAAAGUCAAGAAAAAGCUCAUUUGACUUGAACUUAGUGGAAGCAACUAUUCCCUUAAAUUCCAUUGAAACAAAAGAACCAAGCUCAGGUGGGGAGAAGAAAUGAAAGCACUCUCACUUAAUAGCCAUUCAAGAAGAUCUCACAAAAAGAACUAAUAUGACUGAAUCAUCAGAGAAAUUAAAAUGGAUUGAAAUUCAAAGAGAUCCACUUAAUCACAGAAAAGGGCACUCUCAGUAGUGUAAACUUCUUUUUAAACGGCACAUUUUGGAGUGUUCCUGAAUCUAGUCAUAGUAAUAAGCAGAUAUUAAUUGGUGCUGGCUGCUACAAAUCUUUAUUCAUUGCCUGUUCCUUUUUGGUUGUGGAAAAAAGCUCGCCUUACUUUAAUAUAGUUAUCUAAGGGCCAGAUUCCACCAUUUAGGCACAAAUCUGCACCAGCAUAUGAGGAACAGGGGGAGGCAUAAUCCCUCUCCCAGCUCUCCAGCAUGCAGAAGAAGCAUGCCAUGGCCCUUCCUCUUCCUGCCCCUCCCUGCUUCCUUUAGAGGAUUUGUGGCCCUUAGGUUGCACAGCAGGAAGGAGUCACGGAGGGGGGCAGUCUUUGUGCUUCCCUGAGUAUAGGGACUGGGGUCUUUCUGGGCCCUUAUGUGAAGUCCCUAAGGAGUGAGGGGAAAACUCCUUAUGCCUUCUGCUCCCACUGAUUCAUCCGUCCAAAAGCCUGUGACAAUCUAGCCCCUAAUUCUUUGUACAUAGCUUGUUUUAUAAUAAAUGACCUAAGUAAAAGUGAGUCUCAGCACAGUGUAUUUCUAUUAAAUGCAAAAAUGAUGCUGAUGCACUGCUAAGAUUGAAAUGUUAUGCUCACUAAAAUCAGAAAAUGUAGAGUUAAGGGACCAGAGCCUCAGCUGGUGCAAACUGACAUAGCUUCCUUGGCUUCAUUGGAGCCAUAUUGAUUGACACCAGCUGAAGAUCUGGCCCCAGGAUUCCAGAGACACUUUUGCACAGUAGGGUUUUUUUUUAUCAUCUAAUCAUAACACAAAAUGUUGUAUUUGUUCAUAGAGUGUUAUAAAAGAAUGUGUAGUUUUAACAUGGAAGCCUACAAUCCUGUACACCAUGUUUACAGUUUUACAAACAUAAUGUAAGAAAACAAUGCAGCUCAUUUCCUUGGUAUGAAGUUAUUUGCUAAAUAGUGUUAUUUUAAUCAGAGUUGUAUGAUCCUAGAUGGAAAAACCCUUUUGUAAUAUAGGGGCCUAUCUGUUUCUCCUCUCACACCUGUAUAAAUCAAGAAUUUCUCCACCGGAGCUAAUGAAGAUACACCUGCGCAAAAACUAGUAUCAAUGCAUAAUCAGGCCCCUAAAUGUGCAAGCUUUAAAUUGAAACUCUUUAGAGUAGGAAUUGUGGUUUUCUUUUAUUUCAUUCAGCCCCUGUGCUUAAAAAUAACAAUAAUAAAUAAAAAGGUGACAGUUAAGUUUGGGAAUCUGGCAUUUCCUGAAUUUCAUAGUACAGUCUAAGGGCCUUGUUCCACUACCCUACUCUGAGUGGAUAGCAUUUAUUUACUACUGUGGAUGCUCCACUGAAGCAAUGGAACGACUCAUGUGAGUAAGUACUAUGCAAUGUGAGUGCAGAAUCCAGCACUUAGUAGUCUCAUACAUUAGUCUCAGUAUACUAUGUAAAGUUGUCAUAUUAAUAAAGUGGCAAGAUGAGGCAGCAUCACCCAGUGGGUAUGGUACUAACCCAGCAUUUAGGAGAGCUGGAUUCAAUUCCCUGUUCUGCCACAGACUUCCUGUGUGGCCUAUAGUCAAGCUAAUUAGUCUCUCUAGGCCUCAGUUCCCCAUAUCUAAAACAGGAAGAAUAGCAAUUCCUUAUCUCACAAGGAUGUUGUGAGGAUAAAUACAUUAAAGAUUGAGGUGCUCAGGUAACAGGUGCUUUUGCAAGUCCCCUAUCCAGAAAAUCUAAUCAAUCAGAGGUUUUGGCCUGUUUCCAAAUCUGCUCAGGCAUGAUAUCUUCCUUCUUAAUAAUAAUAUGGACUUGAGUUAUAUCAGCCUUCAACCAGUAAUCAAUAUUCUAUGAGGAUGCAAGAUCUAAAGCAUAGAAGUUCCUUGCAUGAGAGGAAGAGAAGAUGAAACCUAGUUCAGUACCAUUGAGGGCAAAGGGAAUUUUACUACUGACUUCAGUGGAUCAGGAUAAGACUGAUAACACAGAUGGGUAAUUGAAAAUGUUGGCCACUUUUUUUCCUAUGUGUUUAACGAAUGAGAGCUAAAAUCUUCCUUUUCUGUAAACAUGAUCUGAGUUAAGAAAGAGCUCAUUACAAGAAUUGUGUUUCACUUCAGUCUUACUAAGAAUUGCAAUUAUAAUUAAAUUUUCAUUUCCACAAAAAGAAUAAUAAACUCCGAAUUUUGG